UCGCUAAUAGCAACCACGACCUGCCGCUGCCACUCAGUACUCAGUACUUACUCAACUGCCACUACUAUUUUCUACUGAAGCUGCGGAAAAUUUGCGAUUUGGCCGUAUUGUCUCGGCAAACAUUCUGAAACUUUCGAACACCAACUCCGAAUCUGAAGUUUCGAUGAUAUGAGCGCCACUACUGGUCCUAAUCUGUGGGCUUGCCGUUGGAACUGGUGUGCGCAAGUCUUCGAGCAUGCGCCUGACCUGUUGGAUCAUCUGAAGACGGAGCACUUCACGCGUAUCCUCCGAGUAGAGAAGAAAGAUUGGGACAUCUACUUACGGUCCAAUGAAGGGCAGAGCGGGAUGACAGAUAGUCUGCUGCAGGGAAUUCCUACUCAGUCGAGCGAAUUCACCCAGCCCAAUGCCCCUACGGAAAAUGAGAGUCUGCAAAGUGAGCGAGCGCAGUCUACGCAAGAUCGUAGGACACCAAACCAGCCACCUGGAGUUUCUCAGCCUGAGAAUGAUUCAGCUAUCCAGUCACAGCCAGAACUCGCAGUAGACAGCGGCCAAGAAUCACCUUCACGUGGAUCUCCUAUCCCAGCUGAAGAACUGUACACUCCGCCCCUGAAAAGAGGACGCAGCUUCGCAGACUGUGAUGCCGCCUCAUCCCCUAUAACAACCCCGAUGGCGUCGCCCUUACCUCCCACUCCGCCCCUGCACUCUCGCGUCGUUGACGCAAUCAAUUUCGCCGCCUCCCAAAAAUUCCCUUCUCUUCCCCUGCCACGCCGCAACCCGCCGCAUCUGCAUAAAUCACCUACGCCCCUCCCCCUCCCACGCCGCACCGUGAGGGUCCCUGCACCCCAAUCCUCGCAAGGCUCGUCAGCGUUUAGCGCAUCGCAUAGCGCCAACGUUAGCGUGGACUCGUCGACAUCCGCACGAGACGUCGAGACGCAGCUCACAGGGGAUGUUGCGAGUCCUACGCCCUCUCCAGUUCGCGCUGGCUCUCCUCAAAAACAACCGGCGGUACAGCCACAAUCGUACCCUAUAGAGCCGUACCCGCCCCUCCAGACUCAGGCUCCGUAUGUUGACCAAGACUCUCGUGCAGACGAAGAUGGCGCCAAGCGCCGCUUCAGCUCAGGCAAUAUGAUCAUUCCAAUGGAGUCCUCAAGUCCCCUACGACCGAUGUCCCAAACCCACACGCAGCCCGAACCCGAACCUCCGGCGACACAAGCACACUUCGCUUCGCAGUUCAACUCGGGCUGCCUCUCCCUCCGGCUGGAUUCGGAACCGCCGGACGCGAUGGACGUGGAUGAAGGCUUGUGGCCUCCGCUGCAGCUCCAGACCCAGGCUGCGUAUCUGAGCCAAUGAUGGCUUGGAUGAGAUUCUCCAAAAGCUUCCGCGUCGACGCAUCCCCGAGGCGUGGCUUGUUUGGCAGGGCCAUGUCGGCCGUACCUACUCCCGAAUCCGUCUACUCGUCGAAUUGAGCACGCCGCGGUGUGCGAGAGGUUCGUUGUACAGAUGGUCGGAGGGUCUUGCAUUGCGGGAGCCCGUCAUGUACCUCCAGUUGUAUUGAGGAGUCGUUAGGAUCGUAUGG